AAAGGGGCACAAGGCGAUCGAGACAGUAAAAUAAUACAGGUGUCUAAACUGCUAAACAAAGAGGAAAAGAAGUCCCCAUGGCUGAAAGUACUUCCUCUAAGAGAUGGCUUCCUCUUGAAGCCAACCCUGAUGUCAUGAAUCAGUUUCUUUAUGGUCUUGGUGUUCCACCGAAUGAGGCAGAGUGCUGUGAUGUUUAUGGGUUAGAUGAAGAGCUUCUGGAGAUGGUGCCGAAGCCAGUGCUUGCUGUUUUAUUUCUCUAUCCUCUCACAAAACAGAGUGAAGAAGAGAGAAUAAAGCAAAACAGCGAAACAAAGGUGCAGGAUCCCAGUAGUACAGUUUACUUCAUGAAACAAACAGUGGGAAAUGCAUGCGGAACAAUUGGCCUUCUUCAUGCGAUCGGAAAUAUCACCUCUCAGAUAAAACUUAUCGAGGGGUCAUUCUUGGACAAGUUCUUUAAAUCAACUUCAAGCAUGGACCCAAUGCAGCGUGCUUUGUUCCUUGAAAACGAUAGGGAAAUGGAAGUUGCACAUUCAGUGGCAGCUACUGCUGGUGACACUGAGGCUACUGACGAUGUGAACACUCAUUUCAUCUGCUUCACGCUUGCUGAUGGACAACUCUACGAGCUUGAUGGAAGGAGGUCGGCACCUAUUUCACAUGGUGCAUCCUCUCCAAACAGCUUAUUAAAGGAUGCAGCUAGAGUUAUCCAAGAGAUGAUCAAGAAGAAUCCAGACUCAAUCAACUUCAACGUUAUUGCCAUUUCAAAAAGAGCUUAAACUAGUGCUAGCUAGUGCUUCUAAGCAGAGACACUUUUAUGGCUGAGAUUUUAGCUUUGGGCGUGUAGUGUAUGAGAGCUAAAUAUGGACUCGUUUCUGCUUUUUCAGUACAAUGUUUCUUGUUGGUAAUGCGUAUAUUUGCAAUCUGUUUCUUAUUAGAAAUGAGUGCUUUCACCAUUCCACGAUUGGUGAAUAACUCUGCUACAUGGUUGCAGUAAUUUCAACGCGGAACAAUAAUAUUUGCUCAAUGGUUGAUUUUGGAGAUGGUGUCGCACACUUUCCACUGUCAUAAA